UUCAGUGUGUUUAUUUCCGUUUAGUUAAAUUUGUAUAACAAGUCAAACUUUAUUCAAAGACUCCGUAAAUAAAGUAAAAAAAAAUGGGUCGCUUGACUCUGGAAUUCUGGGAAUUGAAGUCUUUCUGCAGGAACAACAUGUGGAGAGGUUUCACCUUCAACUAGCUAGCCUGUCUGUCCGAUCUCAGUCAUGUCUUUUUGCUUUAACUUCGACAUUUCAGCGCAAACAAACUUACCUGCAGAAGUUAGUGGAGAUAAUUCAAAAAGCGAAGAAAAGGAGGGAGAUCAGAAAUAUGCAGAAGUUGAAGAUAAAUCAUCAGCCGGUCCAGUGAAAGAGGCCAAAGAGCACCUUCCUCCAUUGGACCCCCAGUUCCUCCUUACAGAUGCCGUCUUUGAAACCGUUACCAUUGGAACCCUUCCUCCUCUGCACUUCCUCAAUGAGACCAUUUUCGAGAGGACGGCCUCCGAAAGAGAGGACGUGGAGAAAAUCCUCUCUUGCAGGGAGGAGAAGAACUCUGAUCUCAUCUCUGGUGUGUACGAAGGAGGUCUGAAAGUGUGGGAGUGCACUUAUGACAUCCUGGAGCUGAUGGAGAAAGAGGGAGAGACAUUCAGGGGAAAGGCAGUGUUGGAUUUGGGUUGUGGAGCAGGACUUCUGGGAAUAUUGGCCCUAAAGAGAGGAGCCAGGAUGGUCCUCUUUCAAGAUUACAACAGCACAGUCAUUGAACAGCUCACAGUGCCAAAUGUGUUCCUGAACUGCCAAGAGGAUGAUGAGGUAGAAAGUGAUGGUGAGAAAAAGGGGAAGGGCAAGGGAAAAAAACAAGAUGAAGACGGUUGUGCAGAGAAAGGGAAAGAUGACUCAAAUGCUAACAGCCCACCUCCUAAGAAAAGAGUAACAGAUCUAUCCAAACACUCGUUAUUGGAGAAAUGCCAUUUUUACUCUGGAGACUGGAGGACGUUUCUUCCUUUGGUUCUAAAGAGGAAGCCACAGCCCAAAUUUGACAUUAUAUUCACCUCAGAGACAAUCUACAACACUUGCUACUACCCUGCCCUGCAUGAAACUCUUCACCAGCUUCUGGCACCCGGCGGCCUGGUAUACCUGGCUACCAAAUCCCACUACUUUGGUGUUGGCGGCGGCCUACAUCUGUUUGAGACGUUCGUGGAGCAGAGGGGUGUUUUCUCCCUGAAUCACCUGUGGGAUGGGGCUGAAGGCCUGCAGAGACACGUAGUGGUGCUGCAAUUUAAAAAGCCCAAAGACCUCUGACCAGGAAAUGUCAGCUAUACACAAACUUGUUACAGAUGAUGAACCCUUGCAUGAGAAAUAUGUUAUAAGUUUGACUCAGUCACAUAUUUUGUGGCUGAUUUUCAGCCAGUAAUUUGGUAAAGCUGACGUGGAUAUCGAUUUCUCUCUGUGAUCCAUGAAAAAUAAAGAAAUAGACUCCCUUUUACUUCUCUUUUGGCCAUGUUGCUUAUCAUUUUGCAAACAUUACACAAAAACAAAGUCACAAAGCUGACCUAUAUGGAAAUAAAAGUCAAAAGAGUCAGAAAAUCCCUUAAUAAAAAAGAUUAUAGUUUAACUAUUUCUGUACAACUCAAAUGUAGAAGUGUACCAUAUUCCAUAGGAGAAAGCUGUGGUUUAGAGUUAUGUGUUACUGGAACUAUUUCUGAACCUAAAGCAGAUCUAUGGUUGGUAACAGACCUCUGUUGGUUACAGGUAUAUAUUUAUAGGUAUACUGAGGUUAUACAAAAGUACAGUUUCCAGAUUACUAACUGUUCCAUUAAGUGUCACUUGUUUACUCAUGUUUUUUAUAGUAGAGCUGUGGGAGUGUGCCACAUAAAACUAGACCUUUGAAAGUCAUAUUAGAAUAUUUAACAAAAUACCCCAUUUGUUGGAGACUCAAGUUACACCAUAUACAGAUGAUCAAGAUAAAAGGAAGUGGCACAGUGAUGCAAGUUUGACGUUUGGUGGUACGCCUCAUUGCUUCUCCUAGUGCUGUACUCUGACAGUCAGCUGAAUGAAAGAACACCUUGAAACUUUUUAAACAUAAGUUUUACUUGUGUUAUGUAUUUAUUGUAGACAUACCAUGAGAAAUUCAUAGCAGCCCAGGGCUUGUUAUGAGCAACUUAUUGCAUUUGGACCAGUCAACAGAAUGUCCCUAUUGUUCUAAAACAAAGUUAAAAUCUGAUUAAAAGUUACAGAGAGAAUAUUUUAACCCGUCUUUAACAUCUUAUGUUGGCAUUAAACAUUGUUAGUGCAGUUAGCAUUAAUAUUUUAGACAAAAGCAUGUGUUUGUUGUAGAGUAUGUAGACCCUUAACUGUGAAAACACCAACUAUUCCUAAUUCAACAAGUCCCUGGACAAACUUUUUGAAAGGGUUCAUAGGAAAAAUCUGUUGCUCAUCUGUUGUUCAAUCCCAUUUCUUGAGAUCAGUUAGAGCUUAUUCAUAUUCGUAUCAUUUUGUGAUCAUUUGUUCCUGAGUUACUUCAUCUAAAGGUCCGGUAGGAGCAAGAGAUAAGCUAAAAAGACAUCACAAAGACAUAAGGAGGUUGAGUGGAGAAAACCAUUUCAGAAGUGAGAUUAGGAAAAGAGAUCUCAAAAUCAUAUGCAUCUGAUCUCAAUUAUGUCUUGUUUGUUUGAAUGGGAAUUAAAGAGAAUAAGAUGAGAUGAAUCUGAGAACACAAAUAGUGAGCAGUGACUGUAUGUUUAUUUCUUACUGAGCCAUAACUGAGACAGUGGAUCUAAGCAAGGGUAUUAAAAUGAGACAUAUUCGAAAUUGGCACAAUAUGUCUCAUUUUUCUCUUAUCUAAGAUCCGUAAAAAAAGAGAUAUAAGAGAAUUUAGAGAACUCGCACAACGCUCACACUGAGACUUUUCUCGGGAGAGAAAUUUGAGAAGGAGGAGAAAACCAUUUGUCUCAAUCAGUGCUCGUUUAUAUCUAGGAGAUAUAAAUGUGACAUAGAAAAGAUCUCAUCUCCGUUUUGCUUUGCUAUAGGCUUAACUUUGGUGUAGUGUGUCAGCUUCCUGUUAUCUACAAAGCUUCCUCUGUAAAUUCCAGUAGAUCCUGGUAGUAGAAUGAACGAAUGCUUCCUUUUCAAGGAGCUUGCCAAUCAUUUUGUGCCACAUCUAACAUAUUUUUAACACUAAUAAGAGGUCUUCACUUCCUAAUCACAUUCACACUGAAGAGCGACUGAUUGAGGUUUAGAUGAGGUUUAGAUGUUUACGCGUGUUAGUUUCCAGCUAACCAAUUAUCAAAAAUGGUAGCAAAAAAUAAAAAAAAAAGACAUCUGCUCAAUUGCCCAUUUCUAGUGGAGGUUUCUUCCUGUUAAAAGGGAGUUUUUCAUCUCCACUGUCGCUACAAGCAUUCUUGGUGUGAGGGAUUGCCUUC